UCUCUCCGUCGGGCACCGUGGUAGCGGCCACAGUGUCGGCCUUUUGCCCGCGCGUGUAUGAGGACCGCAGAAACACAGCUCAGUUUCAUGGUUGUGGGCCAAGAACUUUCCCAUUACUUUGACGACGGAUGCAGUAUUUACACUGCUUUGACUAGAUCAGAGUCUAAGAGAGAUGGAGGUUUUAAAAAUAAUUGGAGCUUUGAUCAUGAAGAAGAAAAUGAAGGAGAUACAGAUAAAGAUGGGGCAAAUCUGCUCAGUGUAGAAGAUGAUAAGGAUUCUGAAACCUCAAAAGGAAAAAAGUUAAAUCGUCCAUCUGAAAUUGUUGCUACUAGUUCUGGUGAUUUCAUCUUGAAGACAUAUGUGGGACGAAACAAGAGUGAAAGUUUUAAAACUUUGAAAGGCAACCCAAUUGGACUUAACAUGUUGAGCAACAAUAAGAAAUUGAGUGAAAAUACACAAAAUGCGUCAUUAUGUUCUGGAACUAUAGUUCAUGGUAGACGUUUUCAUCAUGCUCAUGUACAAAUACCAGUAGUAAAAACAGCAGCCCAAAGCAAUCCGGACCGAAAAGAAAGGAAAGAAUACCCACCUCAUGUCCAAAAAGUUGAAAUUAAUCUUGUAAGGUUAAGUCGGGCCCAAGGUGUUGAACGUACAAUGAAGAAAACAGAACAGUCUGAAUCACAUGUAGAGCCUGAAAUUAAGAGGAAAGUACAACAGAAACGGCAAUGUAGUACAUACCAGCCUACUUCUCUGACUCCUCCUUCAAAAAAAUUUUUAACCCAUUUAGAGGUUUCUAAACAACGUGAAUGUUGUCCAAAAUGUGGAAAGGAAAAAGAAAAUCAAACCAAAUGCCAAAGUUGUGGUAUUAUUUUUCAUAAUGAUUUGCAAAGAAAUUGCAGACAAGCUGUAACUUUGAAUGAAUCUACUGGACCAUUAUUAAGAACGUCAAUUCAUCAAAAUGCUGGAGGACAAAAGUCACAAAACACAGGAUUAACAACCAAGAAGUUUUAUGGGAACAAUGUGGAAAAGGUUCCAAUUGAUAUAAUUGUGAGUCAUGAUGGCAGUAGACAUAAUUAUUUACAGACUAAUGGAAAAGUCAUUUUACCAGGGGCAAAAAUACCCAAAAUUACAAACUUGAAAGAAAGAAAAACAAGCCUGUCAGACCUAAAUGAUCCAAUCAUUUUGUCCAGUGAUGAUGAUGAUGACAAUGACAGGAGUAACAGAAGAGAUAGCCUAUCUCCUCAGCCUGCCGACUCAGCGUGUUCUUCUCCAGCACCAUCCACUGGAAAAGUAGAAGCAGCACUGAAUGAAAAUUACUGCAGAGCCGAGCGUCAGCCGAAAAGCAUUCCAGCAGAAUCAGAGCUAAACACCAUCACAUUGCCAAGGAAAGCAAGAAUGAAGGACCAGUUUGGCAAUCCUAUUAUCACCACACCCCUAAAACGUCGGAAAGUCAGUUCUCAAGAAACUUUAAUUGAUCCUAUACCUUUAAGCUGCCAAAGUCCCUUUGAAAGUGUCAUUUUAAGCUGUCGAAGUAUACGAGUAGGAACACUGUUUCGACUAUUAAUAGAGCCUAUAAUUUUUUCUGUAGAUUUUAUCAAGAUACAUCUGGAUGAACCAGAAAGUGAUCCUGUAGAGAUCAUUUUAAAUACCUCUGAUCUAACUAAAUGUGAAUGGUGUAAUGUCCGAAAAUUACCAGUAGUGUUUCUUCAGACGAUACCAACAGUUUAUCAAAAGCUGAGCAUGCAACUGCAGAUGAAUAAGGAGGAUAAAGUAUGGAAUGAUUGUAAAGGAAUAAAUAAGUUAACAAAUUUGGAAGAACAGUACAUCAUUUUAAUUUUCCAAAAUAGCCUUGAUCCUCAGACAAAUGUGAUAUUUGAGAACAUCAUUAAUAACAUUGGUAUAAAGAAUAAUGUUCCCAAUUUUUUUGCAAAAAUUCUCUUCGAAGAAGCCAAUAGCAGACUUGUUGCAUGUACAAGAAGCUAUGAAGAGAACAUCAAAGGAAGUUGUAUGCAAAAAGAAAAAGUUAAAACUAUGUCCUUUGAAUCUAAAAUACAACUUAGAAACAAACGGGAAUUCCAGUUUUUUGAUGAUGAGGAAGAAUCUGGAGAAAGUCAUACCAUCUUCAUUGGGCCUGUGGAAAAGUUGAUAGUGUAUCCACCACCUCCUUCUAAGGGGGGCAUCUCUGUUACUAAUGAAGACCUACACUGUCUAAGUGAAGGAGAAUUUUUAAAUGAUGUUAUUAUAGACUUUUACUUGAAAUAUUUGGUGCUUGAAAAACUGAAGAAAGAAGAAGCUGACCGAAUUCAUAUAUUUAGUUCUUUUUUCUACAAACGCCUUAAUCAGAGAGAGAGGAGAAAUCAUGAAACAACUAAUCUGUCAAUACAACAAAAACGACAUGGGAGAGUAAAAACGUGGACCCGGCAUGUAGAUAUUUUUGAGAAGGAUUUUAUUUUUGUACCUCUUAAUGAAGCUGCACACUGGUUUUUGGCUGUUGUUUGUUUCCCUGGCUUAGAAAAACCAAAGUAUGAACCUAAUCCUCAUUACCAUGAAAAUGCAGUCAUACAAAAAAAUUCAAUUGUAGAAGACAGUUGUAUUUCUUCUUCUGCCAAUGAAAUGGACAGUUGUUCACAGAAUUCUUCUGCCAAGCCUGUCAUUAAGAAGGUGCUAAACAAAAAGCAUUGCCUAGCUGUAACUGACUCAAGUGCUGGACAGGAAGAAAGCAACCUUUGUGAUCGGAGAAACAUAUGCAGUGUGAAAAAAGUAAAUCCUAUUGCAAGUGAAAAUGAAGAGUCAAAUAAAAGAGAAUCUUCAUGCCAGAAAGUUGUUGAUAGGACUAAAAGUGAAAAUGGCCUACAGGAUGAAUGUUUAAAUUCUAUACAUCAUCCAGAUGGCUUAAGCAAUAUCAGAAUGAACUAUAAUGAUGAGUCAGCUGAAGGUAGUAAAAUGCUUGAAGAUGAACUCAUUGACUUCUCAGAAGAUCAAGAUAACCAGGAUGAUAGCAGUGAUGAUGGGUUCCUUGCUGAUGACAACUGCAAUUCAGAAAUAGGACAGUGGCAUUUAAAGCCUACUAUCUGUAAACAACCUUGUAUUCUACUUAUGGACUCACUCAGAGGCCCCUCUCGAUCAAAUGUUGUAAAAAUUCUGAGAGAAUAUUUAGAGGUGGAAUGGGAAGUUAAAAAAGGAAGCAAAAGAAGUUUUUCCAAAGAUGUUAUGAAAGGCUCUAAUCCAAAAGUACCACAGCAGAACAACUUCAGUGAUUGUGGCGUGUAUGUAUUACAGUAUGUAGAGAGCUUUUUUGAGAAUCCAAUACUAAACUUUGAAUUACCUAUGAAUUUGACAAACUGGUUUCCACCCCCACGAAUGAGAACAAAAAGAGAAGAAAUCCGAAACAUAAUUCUGAAGCUGCAAGAAAAUCAGAGCAAAGAGAGGAAGCAGCAUAAGGACACUUCCUCCACAGAAGCAUCUUUAGAUGAAGGAAUAGAACAACAGCAUGUCAGCAGUGUCUCAGUUUGACCAAAAGACUGUGGCAUGUCACUUCCACCAUAAGGGACUAAAUGACUUUCAACUGUGGGUAUAGACAGUAAAGAACUGGAAUGCUCACUACUCAGUGAUUGGGAAAUGUUAAUGCUUGUAUAAAUGUCACAUAGUUAAUUUCCAAAGGAGUAUGUAUUAAGUAAAAGUCUGUAAAUAAUGUUAAUGAGGCCAAUUUUUCCAGCAUUUAUAAUUAUUUUUUUCACUUGUUAGGAAACAUUUGUUAUUUUCUGUUAAUAGUACUUAAAACUGCAACUUCUAAACACAAAAUAAAAAGAAAAUAUUUAUAGGAGGAAAUUAUUAAUUUGAUAUUCUUUAGUGAACUUGUAUAAUACCUCAAGCAGGUGUGGUUUAUUUCCUCAGAAUAUUCAAGUAUCUUUGAUAAUCUUUUGACCUUUUACAUUUAUUCUAAAAUAAUUCAGUGUGAGAAUAAGAUUACGUAUAAGGCAUUUUGAACUAAGAAGACAUCUUCAUGUGCAUGCAUCGCAGGAAAAAGGGCUUCAUGUGCCCUCCUGUGUUCAGAGAACCCAAAAAAUGCAAUAAGUAUUUGUAAUUUUACACAGAUAUUUAAGUAACAAUAUUAAGAAUUCAAAGAAAACUACUACUAAAAGUAAUACUACUUGCACACAUUUUUGUCAAAUGCAUUUCUAAAGACAUCAGACUCAGGUUAAAACUAUCUUGGUAAGUGCAGCUUGAAUUUCAGAUAGCCCAUGUUACUAUCCUAUAUUAUACCGUAAAGUAUGCUGCAUUCUGUGUGAUAAUUGAUAAAUAUUUUUAAUCUGUGUAAACACAGGAAUUUAAAAAGAGUUUACUAUUUUUUUAAUAGCUUUUGCUAUUUUUUCAUUGGUAAUUUUGUUCUUGUUAUUUUGAUAAAGUAUCAGACUUUGA